GGGCGGGAUUUCCCGGGUAACAGAGAAGCGGCCGCGGCGGUAGAGGCGGCAGAGACGGUUUCUCCAUCUUCCCCCCUCCCCUUCCCCCCUUAGAGUUUCCCUCCCUCCCUCCCUCCUUCCCAGUCUGGGCACCCAGGCCUGUGACCGCUUCGUGAGCGCAAAGGAGGUUGCCAGUCCGCUCUUGCGGGCCUGUGCCCGCGCCGUUCCGGGGCCUCCGUGCUGGGUGCGAGGCUCACGCCGGGAGAGACGCGCAGGCUGAGUGGCUGGAGCUUUUGCGUUGAGUUCGGUGGCAUUAAGUACACUCCCGUCCUGUGCAGCCUUCGCCACCAUUCACCUUCAGAACUCAGACAUCUCCCACUGUUGAACCUUUACACGCAUGAAACAGUUUGUAGUGCAUCCCUGAGCAUGAGUGCAGAAUGAAGCGACGUUUGGAUGACCAGGAGUCACCAGUGUAUGCAGCCCAGCAGCGAAGGAUUCCUGGAAGCACAGAGGCUUUUUCUCACCAGCACCGGGUGCUUGCCCCGGCCCCCCCUGUGUAUGAAGCAGUGUCUGAGACCAUGCAGUCAGCUACAGGCAUUCAGUACUCGGUGGCACCCAACUACCAGGUUUCAGCUGUGCCACAAAGUUCUGGCAGUCAUGGGCCUGCCAUAGCAGCAGUUCAUAGCAGUCAUCAUCACCCAACAGCUGUCCAGCCUCAUGGAGGCCAGGUGGUCCAGAGCCAUGCCCAUUCAGCCCCACCAGUUACACCGGUGCAGGGACAGCAGCAGUUUCAGAGGCUCAAGGUGGAGGACGCCCUGUCCUAUCUUGACCAGGUGAAACUGCAGUUCGGUAGUCAGCCUCAGGUCUACAACGAUUUCCUUGACAUCAUGAAGGAAUUUAAAUCUCAGAGUAUUGAUACUCCAGGAGUGAUUAGCCGAGUGUCCCAGCUAUUUAAAGGCCACCCUGACCUGAUCAUGGGCUUCAACACCUUCUUGCCUCCUGGCUACAAAAUUGAGGUGCAGACUAAUGACAUGGUGAAUGUGACAACACCUGGCCAGGUUCAUCAGAUCCCCACCCAUGGCAUCCAGCCCCAGCCUCAGCCACCACCUCAGCAUCCUUCCCAGCCUUCAACCCAGUCAACUCCCACUCCUGCUCAACCAGCUCCUCAGCCCACACCUGCCAAAGUCAGCAAGCCUUCCCAACUACAAGCACAUACGCCAGCCAGUCAGCAGACUCCCCCACUCCCACCAUAUGCAUCCCCACGUUCUCCACCAGUUCAGCCUCACACACCAGUGACAAUCUCCUUGGGAACAGCUCCAUCUUUGCAGAACAAUCAACCUGUGGAGUUUAAUCAUGCCAUCAACUAUGUUAAUAAGAUCAAGAACAGAUUCCAGGGCCAACCAGAUAUCUACAAAGCAUUCUUGGAGAUUUUGCACACAUACCAGAAAGAACAGCGGAAUGCCAAGGAAGCCGGAGGAAACUACACUCCGGCUUUGACUGAGCAGGAGGUGUAUGCCCAAGUGGCACGUCUCUUCAAAAACCAGGAAGAUCUGUUGUCUGAGUUUGGACAGUUCCUGCCAGAUGCCAACAGCUCGGUGCUUUUAAGCAAAACAACUGCUGAGAAGGUCGAUUCUGUGAGAAAUGACCAUGGAGGCACUGUGAAGAAGCCCCAACUGAAUAACAAGCCACAGAGGCCCAGUCAGAACGGCUGCCAGAUCCGCAGGCACUCUGGAACAGGAGCCACACCUCCAGUGAAGAAAAAACCUAAACUGAUUAGUCUAAAGGAGUCUUCAAUGGCAGAUGCCAGCAAGCAUGGCGUUGGAACUGAAUCAUUAUUUUUUGAUAAGGUUCGAAAGGCUCUUCGGAGUGCAGAGGCCUAUGAAAACUUCCUUCGCUGCCUUGUUAUCUUUAACCAGGAGGUGAUCUCUCGGGCUGAGCUUGUACAGCUAGUCUCUCCUUUUCUGGGGAAAUUCCCUGAAUUGUUUAAUUGGUUUAAAAACUUUUUGGGCUAUAAGGAGUCUGUACAUCUGGAAAGCUUUCCAAAGGAACGAGCUACAGAAGGCAUUGCCAUGGAAAUAGACUAUGCCUCUUGUAAAAGACUGGGCUCUAGCUACCGAGCCUUACCAAAAAGUUACCAGCAACCCAAGUGUACAGGACGGACUCCUCUGUGUAAAGAGGUUUUAAAUGACACCUGGGUUUCCUUCCCAUCUUGGUCUGAAGAUUCCACUUUUGUUAGUUCCAAGAAGACGCAGUAUGAAGAACAUAUUUACCGUUGUGAAGAUGAACGAUUUGAGCUUGAUGUGGUACUCGAGACCAAUCUUGCAACAAUCCGGGUUUUAGAAGCAAUACAGAAAAAACUUUCUCGCUUGUCUGCUGAGGAGCAAGCCAAAUUUCGCUUGGAUAACACCCUUGGAGGCACGUCCGAAGUCAUCCAUCGAAAAGCACUCCAGAGGAUAUAUGCUGACAAAGCAGCUGAUAUCAUCGAUGGCCUGAGGAAGAACCCCUCUAUUGCUGUCCCAAUUGUCCUUAAAAGGUUGAAGAUGAAAGAGGAAGAGUGGCGAGAAGCUCAGAGAGGCUUCAACAAGGUCUGGCGAGAGCAAAAUGAGAAGUACUACUUGAAGUCUUUGGAUCACCAAGGCAUCAACUUCAAACAGAACGACACGAAGGUCUUGAGGUCUAAGAGCUUACUCAAUGAGAUCGAGAGCAUCUAUGAUGAGAGGCAAGAGCAGGCUACAGAAGAGAAUGCUGGUGUACCUGUUGGCCCACACCUCUCUCUUGCCUAUGAAGACAAACAGAUCCUAGAAGAUGCUGCUGCUCUGAUCAUCCAUCAUGUGAAGAGGCAAACAGGCAUUCAGAAAGAGGACAAGUACAAAAUCAAGCAAAUCAUGCACCACUUCAUCCCUGACCUGCUCUUUGCUCAGAGGGGCGAUCUCUCAGAUGUGGAGGAAGAGGAAGAGGAAGAAAUGGAUGUGGAUGAAGCUACAGGGGCACCUAAGAAGCACAAUGGUGUUGGGGGCAGCCCCCCUAAGUCCAAGUUGUUAUUUAGUAACACAGCGGCUCAGAAGUUACGAGGAAUGGAUGAAGUAUACAACCUCUUCUAUGUCAACAACAAUUGGUAUAUCUUUAUGCGACUGCAUCAAAUUCUCUGCUUGAGGCUGCUACGGAUUUGUUCCCAAGCUGAGCGGCAAAUUGAAGAAGAAAACAGAGAGAGAGAAUGGGAACGAGAGGUGCUAGGCAUAAAGCGAGACAAGAGUGAUAGUCCUGCCAUACAGCUACGUCUCAAAGAACCUAUGGAUGUUGAUGUAGAAGAUUAUUACCCAGCUUUCCUGGACAUGGUGCGGAGCCUGCUUGAUGGCAACAUAGACUCAUCACAAUAUGAAGAUUCACUGAGAGAGAUGUUCACCAUUCAUGCCUACAUUGCCUUUACUAUGGACAAAUUAAUCCAGAGCAUCGUCAGACAGCUACAGCAUAUUGUCAGCGAUGAGGUCUGUGUACAGGUGACUGACCUUUACUUGGCAGAGAACAAUAACGGAGCCACAGGCGGCCAGCUGAACAGUCAGCCAUCAAGGAGCCUUCUGGAGUCAACGUACCAGCGGAAAGCAGAGCAGCUUAUGUCAGAUGAGAAUUGCUUUAAGCUAAUGUUCAUUCAAAGUCAAGGUCAAGUUCAGCUGACCAUUGAGCUCCUGGACACAGAAGAGGAAAACUCAGAUGACCCCGUGGAAGCAGAGCGUUGGUCAGACUACGUGGAGCGAUAUAUGAGUUCUGAUACUACUUCUCCUGAACUUCGAGAACAUCUGGCACAGAAGCCAGUAUUUCUCCCGAGGAAUUUGCGGCGUAUUCGGAAGUGUCAGCGUGGUCGAGAGCAACAGGAAAAAGAGGGGAAAGAAGGGAACAGCAAGAAGACCAUAGAGAAUGUAGAGAACCUGGAUAAGCUGGAGUGUAGGUUCAAGCUGAACUCCUAUAAGAUGGUGUAUGUGAUCAAAUCAGAGGACUACAUGUACCGGAGAACAGCUCUGCUCAGAGCUCAUCAGUCCCAUGAGCGUGUAAGCAAGCGUCUGCAUCAGCGGUUCCAAGCCUGGGUAGAUAAAUGGACCAAGGAGCAUGUGCCUCGGGAAAUGGCGGCAGAGACCAGCAAGUGGCUCAUGGGUGAGGGGCUAGAGGGCCUGGUACCCUGCACCACCACCUGUGACACGGAGACUCUGCACUUUGUGAGCAUUAACAAGUAUCGUGUCAAAUAUGGCACAGUAUUUAAAGCCCCUUAACUGCAGAGCCAGAGCAGGUAGUUCAGAGGUGUGUGUGUGUAUGUGUGCGUGUGUACGUGUGUGUCUGUGUGUGGGCAUGUGUACUCAUGUACACCGAAGAAUCAAGGAAGAUGCCUUUCAAGCUACCAGUGCGACCAGGCACCAAGCAGGACACUCGGAAGGAAUGGGAAUGGAUACCUUAGGAAGCUGGAACUGGCACUUUCCCAAGGGGACUAUCCAGACUCAACAGGGAAUGAAGUCCAUGCAAGCACAGAGACAAGGCAGCUUGCUUGCACACACCAGCAGAGCUCAACUACAACUUCUAUGAUCUGAGCAACCAGAUGCUGCCCCAUUUGGAUGGAUGGAGGUGCAUCUUGUCACUGCUCUUCUUCCCACCUCCAAAAAAGAGGCGAGGAGACUGGAUUUGAUGAUACCCCCACUUGAGCACAUCUAAGAUCUCUGUUAAAUUUUAUCUGAGACUUGUUUGGCUUUGGAAUUGAUAACUUAUGGAUUUGGUUUCUGAGUCCUUGAAGCUCACCUUCCUCCCUCUUCUGGUUCUCAGCCUCAACAAAUUCCAGUCAGUCCUCCUUUUUAGCUCCCAUGGGACUGUUUUGUACCUGCUUCUUUACUAGUCUGCCCUAGUGCCAGCCACCAGCUUCUCUCUCUCUCACUCACACAUAUGCGCGCGCGCACACACACACGCGCACACACACACGCACACACACGCACACACACACCACACUUAACUUGGUUUUUCUUUUGUAAAUAAUGUACAUACUGUCAAUUUUUUAUUAAAGAACUAUGCUUUGAUGUGCUGGCAUAAACUGCUCUAGCUUCUUGUGUACCAUAGUGCUCUGUGGCUUCAGAUUUAGUACCUAUAAACAGAUGUACGAGACAUUUAUUACACUUUUUACCAAAGGGAGAUACCAUUGUAGUACUUUUGUGUAAAACUUGUCUUUCCCAACAACUUAUUUUCUUUUUCCUUUUUUCUUAAUGUAAAUAAAGCUUGGUUCUUAAGGAAA